AAGCUUUACUAUUUCGUAGAACCAUACGAUUAAAAUUUCACAGAAAUAGUUAAACACCUUAUGUGUAAUUUAUCAUCAUGUUUAUAUCCGUAUUUUUUCGGUUGAAACUUUGUAUAUAUAGGUAUAAACUUUACCAUUAUUGUUCAUAAUCAACAUAUCAAGACAAACAGUGUAUUGUGACUGAUUUAACAUUGCUUUUUCUCUACUGUCUCUACUAUGUCUACCAUGAAUUCCAGAUCACUACUUCGUUUUUGUUCCAUUCUAAUUUUUGUUAUACUUGCUGUUAACUCUGUUCCCCUGAGUUCAGAAUAUGAUUUAAGGGAAAAGAGAGAAGCUGUUCCAUCCGUUAAAGCCGUUAACGUAGAUUUGGAAGAUGGUUUGAGAAAGAAACGUGAAGCUGUACCGUCUGUCAAAGCCGUCAACGUCGACUUAGAAGAUGGUUUGAGAAAGAAACGUGAAGCUGUACCGUCUGUCAAAGCCGUCAACGUCGACUUAGAAGAUGGUUUGAGGAAAAGACGUGAAGUUGUACCAUCAGUAAAAGCCGUCAACGUCGAUUUGGAAGAUGGUUUGAGAAAGAAACGUGAAGCUGUACCGUCUGUCAAAGCCGUCAACGUCGAUUUGGAAGAUGGUUUGAGAAGGAAACGUGAAGCUGUACCGUCUGUCAAAGCCGUCAACGUCGACUUAGAAGAUGGUUUGAGGAAAAGACGUGAAGCUGUACCAUCAGUAAAAGCCGUCAACGUCGAUUUGGAAGAUGGUUUGAGAAAGAAACGUGAAGCUGUACCGUCUGUCAAAGCCGUCAACGUCGAUUUGGAAGAUGGUUUGAGAAAGAAACGUGAAGCUGUACCGUCUGUCAAAGCGGUCAACGUCGAUUUGGAAGAUGGUUUGAGAAGGAAACGUGAAGCUGUACCGUCUGUCAAAGCCGUCAACGUCGAUUUGGAAGAUGGUUUGAGAAAGAAACGUGAAGCUGUACCGUCUGUCAAAGCCGUCAACGUCGAUUUGGAAGAUGGUUUGUGAAAAAAGCGUGAAGCCUAAUUUUUUUAACCGUUUUGUCUAGAUACAAAUGUAAGUGCGGAAUGUGAAAAAAAUGAGUGUACAUGAAGCUUUGUAAUACAGACAUGCUUAUGUAUAUAAAUGUACGUAUACGUUUCAAUACUUGUGGUCUCGUUUAUUUUAUUGAUUCAUUACGACAGCAUCCCUUUGUUUUCGUAAAACAUUGUCUGCAUUUUGAUUUGUUGAUUGUCUUUGUUUUGUAAAAGAUUGCUUGUUAUACUUUUUAUAUAAAAAUUAUGUUCUUUGUUUAA